UAGCAAGUGAGCUACGUGACAUUUACCGGCUGAGCACGUCAUUUUGGGCAGACGAAACGUCCACAAAUAAUCCCCUACAGUGCGCGCGCAUCUGUGGCCUCCACACGACAGUACGACUUUCCAGAUUCUGGUUGGGAUUUUUCGGUCGAUUCUCAGGGAAAUUGCUUUGAAAAGAGGAAUAGAUGGAUUUUUUUCUUAAUGGAAUGAAUGAUGAGGCAUCUGAAUGCCCCUUUAGUGAGAAGGAGAUUCAAAAAUGUCCAUUUUUGAGGAAUAUCAACAAACCCACUUGCUUUUCCUUCUCUUCAGUGAAUAUCCUUGCUCCUGGCUGGGGAGCCAAAGGCCCAAUAUUUGAAGAUGGUCCCAAUUUUGAUAUGGCAUUUAGGCUCUUUCAUGGGAAGGAUGGGGUUGUCCCACUCUUGGGGAGAUCUAACAUUCAUGGUGAGAUUCCAGAACCUGAGCCUGCACCUCAGUUCAACCCUUUAGCAGCAAAAGCAGCCUCAAUAAGUUUGUCGGCAUUUCGUUUUGGAGGACCAUUCAGCUUUGGUAACUUCUCUGAGAAACGAAAGCAGCAGAAGAAGUCUGAGCCAUCCCACAAAAGGGAACCCCCUUCUGAGAAAGGAAAUUUAUCAAACCACGAGGCACUGGGAAAUGAGUGGUUGAAAACAGGAAACUGCCCAAUUGCCAAGUCCUACAGAGCAGUCAGCCAUGUUCUUCCACUUGUGGCAACAGCACUUCGGCCACCACCUGGCAUGAAGCUUAAAUGCCCUCCAGCAGUAGUUGCUGCAAGGGCAGCCCUGGCCAGGACCGCCCUUGUUAAAACAUUGCGCCCUCAGCCACUACCUGAAAAAAUGCUAGUAAUAGCUGUCUUAGGCAUGGCUGCUAAUGUGCCCUUGGGUGUAUGGAGGGAGCAUACUCAGAAGUUCUCACUAUCUUGGUUUGUAGCAGUGCAUGCGGCUGUGCCAUUCAUAGCCAUGCUCAGGAAGUCUGUAAUGAUGCCCAAAACAGCUAUGGCAUUGACAAUUGCAGCUUCUAUCCUGGGGCAGGUUAUUGGCUCAAGAGCUGAGCGGCUCCGGCUUAAAGGAGUGGCUGAGAGGGGAAGCGUUACAGCUCAAAUAGAAACUGCAAAUGAAGUCAUGGGUUAUGAUUCCAGCCAGGUUGAUGGCAUCACAGGUGGUCAUUGUGGUUCAGAAGGACUCGAGUACAGCACACUUCCUGUCAAAAAUGAUAGGCCAAGUUCUUCAUCAGCAAGUAUGUGUUUCUGAUUGUUACUUCGUGAGCUGGGUUUUGAAUAAAAUAAAGUGUGUUCAGUAUUGCUGCCAUGCAAUGGAAGAAAUGGAGAUUGGAACGUUAAAGAUUUACCCUUUAGUAAUACAUGCUAUUUAACUAUGAUAUAUUGUGCUUGUGUGAUAUGGUGAGUGGUAAUCUAUAUCUGUAUGUUCACCCAAAUAUCAUUAAGAGAAGUGGUUUGACUUAUCAUAAAUAAAAAUAUGAAAUUUAAUA